AUGCCGCAGCCUGUGCUUGACCUGGGGCUGCUGACUGCGGCUAGCAAGGAUGCAGCUGUGGGCAGGGGCGAGGAGAGCAAGUUCGACGAUGUCAUGGCGCUGCAAGAAGAGCCUAUCAAGAUCACUUUCCUGCUCCCAGACGACUCGACGGUGACGAACGAGUUCAAGAAAGGUCACACCAUUGCCGUGCUGAAGGCCUUCCUCGAGGACGAGUACGACCUCAAGCAGGAGCAAACGCAACUUUGCCUGAACGGGGCCACGCUGCUGGACCCGUUCUCCUUGACGGACUUCCCGUGCGUCUUGGAAGCGUCGGCGAUCGACAUCCAGGUGAGGCGCAGCGGCUCCGGCGACGCCAAGAGCAGGAAGUGA